AUGGCCGGCGCGGCCGAGCUUCGACGGCGGGGAGUACGAGCAGCAGCAGAAGCAGGCGCUGCUGGCAGUGAUCGUGCAUCCCUACUCGCGCAUGGGCGGCUCGCAGGCCGUUACACAGGGCCUGGCGGAAUGCCUUUGUCUGCGCGGGUUCAAGUGAGUUUCCGAGCAUUUGCCUUCGAGUCUUCUGAGGCUAAAUCAGUAGCAGGCGUUGCUGCUGGCGGCGACGCGCUGCAGGACCGGGUUGCGGAAUGCCGCCUUGCCUCCACGGGUUUAAGUAUCGUGGUGACGUUCGACCUGCGGGGCGCGGGCAGGUCGACGGGGCACGCAUCGUUCACGGGCGAGCCCGAGGUGGCGGACGUCAUGGCCGUGUGCCGCUGGGCGGGGGAGAAGUACGCCCAACGCAUACUGCUGCUGGGGUCGUCCGCAGGAGCCUCCGCUGCUGGCUCGGCGCUGCUGCACUGCCCGCAGGUGGACCUGUAUGGCAUCGGCUUCCCCUGGCCCCACACCCACCCUUGUUUCUCUCCCAUUCUUUUCCCCUUCAUCCCCUCCCUCCGCCCCCCACUUCAUCCCCUCUCUCCCCAUCUGCAGGAGCGCCCAUUGCAGGCCCAGCCCUGCAGCACUGCCCGCAGGUCGACCUGCUCAGCCCUGCCGCACUGCCCCCAAGUCGACCUGUACGUGGGCGUGGGCUACACCUUUGGCUUCUUCUCCUCGCUGCUCUUCGGUUCGCAUUUCUCCACCGUGCUCGCCUGGCCGGGCCCCAAGCUCUUCAUCAUGGGCGCUAAAGACGAGUUCACGAGCAUUAAGCAGCUGGAGGCGCGGGUGGGGAAGGCGGUGGGCGUGGCGAAGGUGAGCAUUGUGGAGGGCGUGGGGCACUUUGGGCUGGAGGGGCCCGCGUAUGACGAGGAGGUGGCCAAGCGCGUGGGGGAGUUUGUCGUUGAGAACGCCGGUGGUGGUGUUGCUGCUGGUGGUGCUGCUGGUGGCGGUGGUGGAGAAGGGGGUUCUGGUGGGGAGGAGGGGAUCAAGGAGAGGAUCGCGGCGCUUGCGUCCUCCCCGCUCCUCCCCCUCGCCCUCCCGCACCUACCUCUUUCCGCCCUCUCUCCCGGCAAAGCCUGCCCCUCCGCGGCCCUCCCCUCGCGCGCAUGUCCCCCGCAAGCCUGCGCCAGUGCAUCUCGAGGUUCCUCAUGCGCGUCCCCUUUCCCCCCUUCCCCCCACCUCUCCCUCUCUCCCCCCUCUCAACCACACCUUCUCGCGCGCCUCCCGCCACGUCCAUGUGCCCACUACCUUCUUUCCACGAGCCCCUCUCCCCCCAGCAUGCGCCAGUGCGUUAUAGGCCGCCUGCGCCAGUGCAUUGCUCCGCGGGUGGCGUGCGGAUUCGCCUCCAGCAGCGACGAUGAGGGGGAGGGGGGCGACGCUGGGCACCCCAGGGGGCGCGGAAGGAGGGGGGGCGGAGGGGGGAAGGGGAAGGGGAGGCGCGGAGCACCCGGGGGGCAUGGUGGCGCGGGGGGGAGCUCCCGCCACCCGUCCCUGCGGAUUGGCCCGCCAAUGGACGUGCGCCAGGUGGCAUAUCCACACGAGCCUGCCACGUUGGACCCCCUGAAUGGCGGCCUGGGGGCCAUGGGCAUGGGCAUGGGGAUGGGGAUGGGGAUGGGGAUGGGGAUGGGGAUGGGGGGAGUGCAGGGACAGCUGGUGACGCUGGCGCUGCCGAUAGUGAGCUACAGCAGGUGCGUGGCUCUGCCUGUCUGGAGUCCACAAUGGUUCCUCCUCUCUCUCGCUCUCCUCCUGCCCACCACUUCAUCCUUCCCCACCAUCCACUCCACUGCUGCUCUCCCUCACAUCUAUCACUCUCUGCCCCACUAUACCAACACCCCCAACCCCCUCCACUCUCCGGCUCUGUGUGGGCAGCAAGAUAGCGCUGGGCGUGGUUGGGGAGGCCCCUCCUGUGCCAACAUCUCUCCAACAUUCCAUGGCAUGCCUCCCCAACCCCCCCCAUCCCCUCCCCCCUUUCCCUCCCCCUUUCCCUCCCCCCUUUCCCUCCCCCCUUUCCCUCCCCCUUUCCCUCCCCCUUUCCCUCCCCCUUUCCCUCCCCCUUUCCCUCCCCCUUUCCCUCCCCCUUUCCCUCCCCCUUUCCCUCCCCCUUUCCCUCCCCCUUUCCCUCUCCCUUCCUUUCCCUCCCCCUUUCCCUCCCCCUUUCCCUCCCCCUUUCCCUCCCCCUUUUGUUAG